ACCCGGGGUUUUUGAAGACACAAGUCACACAACACAACACAACACAACACACAAGUGAGAACUGAGAAGGUCUGAUUUUUCAUUUUGAGUUCCACAGAAAAUCUCCAGUUUUUUUUUUGCAGAUUUUCGAAGUUGAAGAAGAAGAAGAAAAAUGGAUGAAGCCAAAGUUAAUCAAUUGAAGCAAUUUGUAGAUCUCUGCAAAGCUAAUCCUUCUCUUCUCUCCGAUCCUUCUCUCUCUUUCUUCCGCGACUAUCUCGAAACUCUUGGAGCAAAGCUUCCUUCCGCCUCUGAUAACUCGAAAGCUAGAGACGUCGAUGAGAGUGACGAGGAUGAUAUAGCGGAAGCAAAGCCACAUGUUGAAGAAGUAGUAGAAGAAGAAGAAGAGGAGGAAAUUGUUGAAUCUGAUGUUGAGUUAGAAGGCGAUAUUGUUGAACCUGAUAAUGAUCCUCCUCAGAAGAUGGGUGACUCUUCAGUUGAGGUCACAGAUGAAAACCGUGAGGCUGCUCAAGAAGCGAAAAUACAGGCUAUGGAAGCAAAUGCUGAAGGCAAGCUGGAAGAAGCAAUUGAGCAUUUGACAUCAGCAAUAACACUCAAUCCAUCGGCCAUUAUGUAUGCUACUAGAGCUAGUGUAUAUGUCAAGAUGAAGAAGCCAAAUGCUGCUAUCCGAGAUGCCAAUGCUGCUUUGGAGAUAAAUCCCGAUUCUGCUAAAGGGUACAAAACUCGUGGCAUGGCAAGAGCAAUGCUUGGACAAUGGGAAGAGGCGGCAAAGGAUCUACAUGUAGCUUCAAAGCUUGACUACGAUGAAGAAAUAAAAGCAGUCCUGAAGCAGGUUGAGCCUAAUGCACACAGGAUUGAAGAGCAUAGAAGGAAAUAUGAUAGGUUGCGCAAGGAAAGAGAAGAAAGGAGGAGCCAGCGUGAAAGACAGCGCAGACGGGCUGAAGCACAGGCUGCAUAUGAGAAAGCCAAGGAGGAGGAGAAGUCGUCUUCUAGUAGUAGAGCUGGAGGAAUGCCUGGUGGCUUCCCUGGCGGUAUGCCUGGGGGAUUCCCUGGUAUGCCUGGCGGUAUGCCUUUUGGAUUCCCUGGAAUGCCUGGCGGUAUGGGUGGAAUGCCUGGCGGUAUGGGUGGAAUGCCUGGUGGUAUGGGCGGUAUGCCUGGCGGUAUGGGCGGUAUGCCUGCCGGUAUGGGUGGAAUGCCUGGCGGUAUGGGCGGUAUGCCUGGUGGAACGCCUGGAGGGUCCCCAGGGGGUAUGCCAGGAGGCAUGCCCGGAGGGAUGCCUGGAAAUGUUGAUUUCAGCAAAAUAUUAAAUGAUCCAGAGUUGAUGGCAGCCUUUAAAGAUCCAGAGGUCAUGGCAGCUCUUCAAGAUGUAAUGAAAAACCCAGCAAAUCUUGCCAAGCACCAAGCAAACCCCAAGGUGGCCCCCAUUAUAGCUAAGAUGAUGAACAAGUUUGGUGGCUAAAUGGUGUGAUGAAACCUUCGCAGGCAAGUGAUAUGUUGACAAAAAGUAGUGGUUUACCGGAGGUACAGAACUUUUGGCUUUGUGGCUCUUCUAGUUCUUGUGCAUUUUCAACAACGUUGAGCUCGACUUUUAUAUUCUGCUCAACAGCAGUUACUUGAAUAUCGUGCAGUAAUUUAAAUGAAACCUAAAUUUUUUGUUUAGAGCAGAUCUUUUCUGUCAGAUUUGGAGAUAAGUGCUCGUUUUAGUUGCAUAUUUCUCAACAUUAGCUUCAUGGAACUUCCCAAAAGUUGUGCAGUUACAGUUCAGCUUGAAUAGUGGAGAGUUGUAUUUGCAUA